UGGAAAAAUGGAGUUAAUUGGGCGAUAAAGCGAUGAUGCCCAGCAGUGCUUCUCAACUUGAGUAAUGCACGGACUCCUAAAGGGACAAUUCUCCCAUUCUUGAGAAUAUUUCCGAGAACCCACAAGGGUCCCCAGGCCCUAUUUUGACGAACACCGGUGCAGGGUAUUUUCAGAAAACAUUUGUCACAAGGAGGAAAAAGAGAUGCUUUAUCAUUCAGCAACUUUCAUGCCAGAAGGAGGGCUCUAACUCCUUGAGGACCUCAGCAUUGUUGCCGUGAUUGUGUAUGAGAAGGACCUUUCAGUAUGGGGAGGUUUGGCAUCUCCUGUCUUUUUCCUGCUUCUUGGCAUUUUAGCAUUUCUCCAGUGGGGUGUCCUCGAAUUCUGAAUACCAAUUUACGGCAAAUUAUUGUCAUUAGCGUCCUGGCUGCUGCUGUUUCACUUUUAUGCUUUUCUGUUGUCAUAAUUCGAAAUAAGUAUGGGCGUCUAUCCAGAGACAAGAAAUUUCAAAGGUACUUGGCGCGAGUUACUGACAUUGAAGCUACAGACACCAAUAACCCCAAUGUGAACUAUGGGAUCGUGGUGGACUGUGGGAGCAGUGGAUCUCGAAUAUUUGUCUACUGCUGGCCAAGGCAUAACGGCAAUCCACAUGAUCUGUUGGAUAUCCGGCAAAUGAGGGAUAAAAAUCGAAAGCCAGUGGUCAUGAAAAUAAAACCUGGCAUUUCAGAAUUUGCUACCUCUCCAGAGAAAGUCAGUGACUACAUUUCUCCACUUUUGAACUUUGCUGCAGAACACGUGCCACGGGCAAAACACAAAGAGACACCUCUCUACAUUCUCUGCACAGCCGGAAUGAGAAUCCUUCCUGAAAGCCAACAGAAGGCCAUUCUGGAAGAUCUUCUGACCGAUAUCCCUGUGCACUUUGACUUUCUGUUUUCUGACUCUCAUGCAGAAGUAAUUUCAGGGAAACAGGAAGGUGUGUAUGCUUGGAUUGGCAUUAAUUUUGUACUUGGACGAUUCGAGCAUAUUGAGGAUGAUGACGAGGCAGUUGUGGAAGUUAACGUUCCUGGUAGUGAAAGUAGUGAAGCCAUUGUGCGUAAAAGAACAGCAGGCAUUCUUGACAUGGGAGGCGUGUCAACUCAGAUAGCCUACGAAGUCCCCAAAACUGUAAGCUUUGCCUCCUCACAGCAGGAGGAAGUAGCUAAGAACUUACUAGCUGAAUUUAACUUGGGAUGUGAUGUUCACCAAACUGAGCAUGUGUACCGAGUCUAUGUGGCCACAUUUCUUGGAUUUGGUGGCAAUGCAGCUCGACAGAGAUACGAAGACAGAAUAUUUGCCAACGCAAUUCAAAAUAACAGGCUCUUGAGUAAACAGACUGGUCUGACUCCAGAUGCUCCAUACCUGGACCCCUGCCUACCCCUAGACAUUAAAGAUGAAAUCCAGCAAAAUGGACAGACCAUAUACCUACGAGGGACUGGAGACUUUGACCUCUGUCGAGAGACUGUCCAGCCAUUCAUGAAUAAAACAAACGAGACCCAGACUUCUCUCAAUGGGGUCUACCAGCCCCCAGUUAACUUCCAGAACAGUGAAUUCUAUGGCUUCUCUGAAUUCUACUACUGCACUGAGGAUGUGUUACGCAUGGGCGGAGACUACAAUGCUGCUACAUUUACUAAAGCUGCAAAGGAUUAUUGUGCAACAAAGUGGUCGAUCUUGCGGGAACGCUUUGACCGAGGACUGUAUGCCUCUCACGCUGACCUCCACAGGCUUAAGUAUCAGUGCUUCAAAUCUGCCUGGAUGUAUGAGGUGUUUCAUAGGGGCUUUUCAUUUCCUAUCAACUAUAAAAACUUGAAGACUGCCUUGCAAGUUUACGACAAGGAGGUUCAGUGGACGCUAGGAGCAAUCCUUUACAGGACCCGCUUUUUACCCUUAAGAGACAUCCAGCAGGAGGUUUUCCGGGCCAGUCAUGCUCACUGGCGGGGCGUUUCCUUUGUCUACAAUCACUACCUGUUCUCUGGCUGCUUCCUGGUGGUCCUCCUGGCCAUCCUGCUCUACCUGCUGCGGCUCCGGCGUAUCCACUGGCGCACUCUGCGCCCCGGCUCCGCCGCUGCGCUCUGGAUGGAGGAAGGCCUCCCCUCCCAGAAGGCUCCAGGCACCUUGUGAACCCAGUUAGACCUCCAUGAAGACUCAAGGAUAAGCCAUUUUUGCCUCAGGGUUUCUCCUCUUUCUUCUCCUGUGGUUUUGUUUUUCCUUUUCCUUUUUGUUCCUUAAACGCAAAAUCCAUUGUUUAUAAGCCUUGCUGUCCAUUUAGCUGUUUUGAUCACAGCUUUAAAUUGAGGAAUAGGGAAAAGGGACAUUCACUUGAUUUUUGCUGCAUAGGACGUCUGCCAAAAGCUAACACAAUUUUGCGGUUUUCUUUAAGGUACAUUAAAUUUUAAACAGAUGCACUUUGAUAUUGGAAAGACAUGGAAAUGAUGUGUUCUGUCAGUAGUUCAGUAGAGACAGGACAGAAGAGUGAUACUUUUAUAAAACCAAAAACUUAUUGACUGAAAUGAUCACCUUUUUUCUCUAUCUUGAAAACUCUAAAGACAGUGAUAUUUAAUUUUUAUUUAUUGUUCAGAUCUGUAAUUAUACAUGUUUUC